AAUUAUUAAAUGGAUUCAAUUGACUAUGCAGAAGCGAAAUUCAAAUUUUUAGGAAUUAGAAAACACUUUUUUAAGGAUGUUGCUUAUCAUAUCACAGUUUUUGAUGAGAUAGUCAUAAUGGGCAUAGUAGAGAUUGUAAAUUAAAAUUAGACCGCUGAUUGCUAAAAUCCUAAAUACAGAAUCAAACUAAGUCUAGAUACAAAAAUAAAUUGGGAGAUUAGUAAGAACAAGUAGACACUGGAAUGCUUUGAAUUUCCAUAUCAAAAUAAGAAAAAGGUAGUCCAUGCACAAGCAAAGGAUUUAUAAAGGUACUUAUGCAUAGUGUUAUAUUAGAUUCAAAGAACUAUUAGCUGGAAAAGUGUUAUUUGAAGGCAUAGGAGACUUAUUUCAACCUCUAUUUUAAGUGGGUAAAGGAAGUUCAGCAAAAGUAUGAAUAUCAACAUAUGUUUUAAGGUGUACAGUGCAAGAAAUGUUUUGGAUAAGGAAGUGUAUGCUGUUAAGGCAAUUGAAAAGUCAUUUUUGAAGCUAUCAGAAAAUGGAAAUGGAAUGGUAAUCAAUUAGUAUACUUUAGUAAGCUUUUUAAUCUGAAAUACAAAUCCUAAGAACUUUGUCAUAAUAUGAACAUAAUUUCUUGGUUCUAAGUGAAAUCUAUGAGGGAGACAGUACUUUUUAUGUGGUCACUUCAUAUUUGGAAGGUUUGAGUUUGAGUGGAGAAUUAGAAAAGGCAAAGGUAUUAUAUCAUAAUAAUUCUAUAGACACUUCCUUAGAAAAGACUACCAAUAUAAAGUAUAAAAACUAUAAUGAAAAAGCUACUCACUAAUUUAAAAAUUCUUCAUUCCCAUCGAGUAUAUUUAAUAUUAAUAAUAGAUAAUACAUAGAGACUUAAAACCAGAUAAUUUGAUGUUUGCACGAAAAAACGACUAUUCUUCAUUAGUUUUAGUGGAUUUCGGUCUUGCAACUUCAGAACUAUUAGAUAAGUAAUCAACUGGAUCUAUACAAGAUAUUUGUUUCCAAAGUGUGGUACACCUGGUUAUGUAGCUCCUGAGGUGCUAAGUACAAGAAGUGAUUCAAAGUACAGUUGUAAAGUUGAUAUAUUUUCUGCUGGCUGCAUUUUUUAUAAAUUGCUCACUGGACGGAGUUUAUUUAUUGGAUAGAAUUUUGAUGAAGUCUUGAGAUCAAACAGACAUUGUCAUAUUGAUUUAGAUAUCCCUUUUGAUGGAAAUUACAUUACAGAUUAAUCAUUAGUAAGUUAUAAUCAGUCUAAAUUUAGGAUUUAUUAAAAAAGAUGCUGAAUAAAAAUCCUAAGAAUAGAAUCACUGCAAUUUAGGCAUUGCAACAUCCUUUUAUAGACUCCAGUGGUGAAUAAAGUACAUAGGCUAUAUAAACUACUGGGUAAUAAAUGAUAAAAAAUGCCAUUUAUCAAUUAAAUUUGGCUGAAUUCGAAUCUAAAUACAAUAGUUAAAAUGAUAUAGGGGAAGAGCAGAAUUAAAAAAUUAAUGAUUUAAAAAGAUAUUCCUUUAUAACUGAGGUGUAAUAAUAAUAGAUGUCAAUGUCAGCCAAAAGAAUGAGUGGCUAGUUCUCAGGCACAUUCUAUUAGAAGGAUCCAUUAUCGGCUGUGCGUACAUUGAAAUUAUACACAGAAACCUCAUAGCCCAUUAAAAAUAGUAGUCAUUAUUCACAAAAUUCAGCUUCUUAAUUUUGA